CGGAGCACUACUGCACAAUAAUAUGGUUAUUGGCAUGAUAUAAUAAACGAAGUUUACCCGUCUGGCGUCCGCGAUUCCUCGUCGAUGCGAUAUAUCGGUAUAUAAUAUUAUUAUACUAUUUUUUAGAAGUUUAAAGUUUACGCUACGAUGAACGUUCAUUUCGGUAAUGGUGUUUUAAUAUCUGUUUGCUAUAAUUCCGAGCGCUGAGACAACCACAACGGUUUACGGUUUGAAUUUAUUUCGGAACUUCUGUAUAAUCAAACCACAAUAGGUUAUUCUGCGAUCAGACAUCGGUUUCGAACACAACUUGCCCGCACGAACACUUAAUACCGAAACGUCCAAAACUUCGGUCUACUGAUCACGCCACUGUACUGAAUCCAGGCUUCAGUUUCCUUGAUAUUGUAUUUAGUCAACGCACAUUGCCCUGAGGCUUUUGAUAUUUCAGCAUGUGAAACUGACACAAGGUUGUGUGUGAUGCAUUGAGUUUCUGGUGCGCGGCUUGACAAACAGUUUUGCUGUGUGCGUGGUCACGAUCGGCUUGUCACCCAUUACCAAAUGAGAAAAUAAAUAUUUUUAAAUGGCUUCAAUGAAAGAAUUCAUACAAGUUGAAGUCACUGAUGAUGCUAAUGCUGUUACCAGUGAAUUAUAUGUUGAAAACACUAUUGAAAAUCCUGCAUGGUAUACAGUUGAAGAUAAUCAUGUUUCUUUGGUAUCUGAAAAUAUCGAGAAAGUUAUUAAGCUUGAAACUGAUAUAUUGGAUGAUUGUAUGUGGGAAAGUAGAAUCGAAAUUACCAAAUAUGUUGACAACCAAAGUAAUAUGGAGUUACCCUUGGAAUGUCAGGAUGUCGCAGAUAAUAAUAUUUACUUAAAUCAUGGAAAUACAAAUGAUAAAUUAUUUCGUUGUAAUAUUUGUGGAAAAAGUUUUGUUUUAAAUUAUCUUUUAAAAAACCACUUGGCCGAACACAAAAGACAAGUACAUUGUAAAACUAAUAAAUGUAAAUUUUGUGGAAAACUGUUUAAGUUAAAAUUUGGUUUGAACAGACACAUUCAAAAACAUCACGAUUCCAUGUAUAAAUGCAAAUUUUGCGGACUUUUUAUUGAUUGCUCUAAGUUUAUUGAACACAAAAAAUACCAUGAAAGAAGAGAUAGUAUUGCAUCUAUAGUUAGAGACACACCUUAUUUCUGUAUUAGAAAAUCGCCUAAUAUUGAAAAUGGAUUGUGCACUGAUGAUUAUGGUCAGACAUCACAAAAUAAGCUUAUAUUUACAUGCAGAAUUUGUAAAAAUCCUCCAUCUACAGAUAUACAUUCAUUUGCAUUACACAUGAGUGAUCACAGGGAGUGUAAUAUGCAUGAAUGUAUUGUGUGCGAUAAAACAUUUAACUCUGUAGUUCUUUGGACAGCCCAUAUGACCUAUCAUCAACAGCAAAUAGAUUUAAAUGUGUCAACAGUUCAGUUUAAUCUUUUCGAAACUGAAUCUAAUACAUUUGACCCUAAUAAUUCUAGAAACAUGGAACCUCAAGUUGUUACAAACUUAAAUGAUAUAAAAUGCAAGACAACAAGCAACACUGAUUCUGCGACAAUGUCAAGAAACCAAAAAAAAGAAACCAAAUCAUCGUCAACUAAAAAAACGAAUUUCUGUAAUUUAUGUAAUAGGAAAUUUACAAAGCGGUGUUAUUUUGCAAAUCAUAUGAUGAUGAAGCAUAAUAUAAAUGCAAACACACAAAAACAACUUACAUCAAUUGAUUGUAAUGAAUCAAUCAUUCUGUCUGAAAACAUAGAGUUGACUAAUGAAUACGAAAACAAAUUAUCAGUUCCGGUAAAUAACAAAAAUAACAAUCUGAUCAACCAUGUCAAUAAAAGCAAUAAGAAGAAAUCAACAUUUUGCGUAUUUUGCAACAAACAUUUUGCACAUCUUGGUGCCCUAACUAAUCACAUGCGUAUUCAUGUAGAACAUCCCUGUGAUGUGUGUGAGAAAAAAUUCUCUACUCCGUUCCAAUUGAAUGUUCACCGAAAGUCACAUUCUAAACUAAAGAUUGAAUCUAUAAGUCAUAAAGAUAAAAUAAAAUGUCGACAUUGCAAAAAAGAAUGUAACUCAAUAUCUCAGUGGAAAAAUCAUAUGUCAAUGAGCAAGGAAUGUCGUCGCCAUUGUAAAAGUUACCUUCCAGAGUUUACAUCAAAUAAAACUGUUUUAGAUAAAACGUACUUGAAUACUUAUGAUAAUAUCGGUUCACAAAAAGACAAGUUAAUGGACAAAAUUCAACAAAAACCAGCGGUUAAAAAACGAAAUAGAAGUAAUCACAUUAAUGGUGUUAAAUGUGAGUUAUGUGGUAAAAUAUACUGUAGUGAAUAUAAUUUAAUUCGCCACAUAUCCAUGAUUCACAAACAAACUUAUAAACCUGUGAACUGUAAUGUUUGUGGAAUUACAUUAAAAAAUAAAUUUUCUUACGAAGUACAUUUAAGAAGUGUACACAAACAAUUUUUUAAACAUCAUGAAGGAACAAACUCUACAUAUCAAAGAACCGGCGGGCAAAUUAUAUCAGUAAAUAAAAAAAAUAUUAUGAAAUACAUUUGCAAAAUAUGUAAUAUGAAGUUUGCUGACAAUAUUACAUUACAAAAUCAUGCAAAGAUACAUACUUUAAAUAUGUAUAAGUGUAAUGCCUGUGGUCAGCAGUAUGAAACAAACCUUGCUCUAGGUAAUCACAUUUGGGAAAACCACAGUGCUAUCUAAUAAAAAUUAACACGUCGAGAAUUAUGAGACAAAAUACUUUUCUAAAAAUAAUUAACUAUAAUUUUGCUCAGUGUGAAAUUUGUUUGAAAACCUUAAAAACAGAAAAAUAUUUAAGAUUACACAUGAUUUACUUCAUUCAAAUGUGAAAAGUGUGACAAUGAUUUCAGGCUUAAAUCAAACUUAACAUCACAAGAAAGAUUUGGCAUGUUAUGUCCCAUAUUCAUAUUAUACAUGUUCAUAAAUAGAAUUUUAAGCCAUUAUAAAUGACAAUAUUAUAACAUCUGAAGUUAUUUUAAUGUUAGUAUAAUAAUAUGGAAAAAUAACAUUAAAAUACUUGUGAAUUACUUGAAUUUCAAAUUCAUGCUUUUGUACUUUGUUUUAUCCUAAAAAUUCUUAACUAUUUUUAUUGUCAUAACUACUUCUACAUGAAGUUAAGUUUUUACUGUACAUUCAUUGUAUGUAUUUAAAUAUGCAUUUCAUAUAUUCGACACAAUAAUUAAAGUAUAAUUUUUAUUAAUAAAUUUAAGUUUUAAGAAUUGUUUUCAUUAACCUUAACUUGUGUUGCAUAUUCAUAUUUUGUCAACCAAGUAAUUUAUUCAAAUUCUUAUAACAUUAUGUAUUUAAUUGAUUAGGUUUAAUUUAAUAAUCAAGUAAUUUUCAUUUGUUUAUUUUAUAAUUUAAAAUCAAAUUUAACUUUUAGCCAAAUAUUGUUAUAAUCAAUUAUACAAUAAAGUUAAGUUUUACUGUACAGUCAUUGGAUGUAUUUAAAUAUGUAUUAUCAUAUAUUAGAUACAAUAUUUAAGGUAUAUUUUUUAUAAAUUACAUUUAAGUUUUCAUUUUUCAUUUUCAUUAACUAUAACUUGUGUUGUAUAUUUCGUAUACUGCCAACCAAGUAAUUUAUUCAAAUUUUUAUUACACUGUGUAUUUAACUGAUUAGGUUUAAUUUAUUUAUUAAGUAAUUUUCAUUUGUUUAUUUUAUAAUUUAAAAUCAAAUUUAACUUUUAGCCAAAUAUUUUUAUAAUUACUUAUACAAUAAAGUUAAGUCAUUGGAUGUAUUUAAAUAUGUAUAUCAUAUAUUAGAUACAAUAUCUAAGGUAUAUUUUUUAUUAAUUAAAUUUAAGUUUUCAUUUUUCAUUUUCAUUAACUACAACUUGUGUUGUAUAUUUCGUAUAUUGCCAACCAAGUAAUUUAUUCAAAUUUUUAUUACACUGUGUAUUUAACUGAUUAGGUUUAAUUUAUUUAUUAAGUAAUUUUCAUUUGUUUAUUUUAUAAUAUUAAAUAAAAUUUACCUACCAGAAAAGUAUUGUAUAACAAGUAUUUAUAAUUUCAUUAUGUAAGUUUUAAUUAAAUAUAUGAAUGUUUUAACAUUCUUUGAGCUUACUAUCAAUUUUUAGUUACACAUUAUUAGUGUUAAUUAUGUUACUCCCAAGAAUCUAAUACAUGUUAAGUUGUUUAGCUCUUCUCAAAAAUGUUUUUAUGCAUUGUUUGAUAUUGCAAUAUUAGUUUACAUUGUAUUGUGCUUCUGAGGUUUUUGAAUUUUUUAUUUUCAUUUUAAUAGUAUUACAGGUAGUGUUAACGAUCAAAUGGUAUGAUAAUAAACUAAUAGGUUACAUACAUUUUGGAUUCCUCCACAUUUUUAUACUCCAUUAUAUAAUUGGACAGCAUUUAUUCAAUUUUUUAUAUUAUCUGUAACAACAUUUGUAAAACCUAUUUUUAAUUUCCCACUGGGAGAAUACAUUUUUAAUUUUUCUGCUAUGUUUAAAGCUGUAUGACAUUCUUCCAUUUUUCGGAUUGUUAAAGUAAAUUACGUCGGAGACCAAUCAUUAUUUAAAGCAUGUGCAGUUAUAGUUAUAUAAGAAUGUUGGGCCAAUGAAGUCCAACAAUCUGUUGGAUUUGCAUGCAAUGUGCAUGCAACACUUUGACCAGCUUUUAAAUUGUUCUGUAUUUUUUCUUCAGCAGUUGACUUAAUAAAAUAUAGUUUUUUUUUAGUGCUUUCUCUUUGAUUAUCUUUUUGCUCUAUGAUGGCCAUACAUUUACGGAAUCCAGAGCUUGAACAAAAUGAUAGUGGUAAUUGGUUCAUAGAAAUAAGUUUGGCCAAUACUCUAUGAAUUGACUCUGUUCUUUCAGGGUUACAUUUACGAUCAGUAUCACUAUCAUGUGCCAAACGACGCUUUCUUGGUAUUACAUUAUCUUGACUUGGUUGUGUAAAGCUGUGAUUGGUACUCGAAGUUGACGAUUAGCGGUUUUGUUAAUGAAUCUGUGUCUUUAAAGGUCAAUUACUUUGAGAUUAUUUGAUGAAAUUAACCAACAGAUACGUGUUGGUUGACUAAGUAAUAAAAUACAUAAAACAAAUUAAGUACAAUAAAAUAAAAAAUGGUGGCCAAGUGGGUAACGCUCUGCUGUACAGUAGUUAUCAAGUGAAUUCAAUUUGAACUCAACAAUUAUAUAUUAUUGUAUACAAAAAACGAUUUUGAUCAUAGACAGAAUAUCAGCCAGUAAUAUAUUAAGCAAUAAGUACCUAUAUUUUAUCAUAUUAGUUAGCCAAAGAUAUUUUAUAGUAUUAGAUAGAUGUAUAUUGACAUUAGUAAAAUAUUUUACUAUUAGUAUAUUAUGAUAUCUUGAUAUAAUUUUUUCCAAAAAUUAUGAAAAUAGUACAUUUUUAUUUAAUU